AUGGCCGCCACGGCGUACUCCACCGCGCUUCUCGGCGGGGCGCGCCUCCCCACUGCCGGAGCCGCCGCGCCGCCCUCCGCCCUCCUCCUCCCGCGGCGUAACCUGCUGUCUCCGUUCCCUCUCCGGCUCCAAGAUGCUGCGCCGAGGCUGUCGCUGCUCCGGAUGAAGGCCUCCUCCGACGACUCCUCGGCCGUGAGCGGGGACGAGCUCAUCGCCGACUUGAAAGCCAAGUGGGACGCCGUCGAGAACAAGAGCACUGUCCUCACCUACGCCGGCGGCGCCGUCGUCGCUCUCUGGCUGACGUCCGUCAUCGUCGGCGCCAUCAACUCCGUGCCUCUGCUCCCCAAGAUCAUGGAGCUAGUCGGCCUCGGCUACACCGGAUGGUUCGUCUACCGCUACCUUCUCUUCAAGGAAAGCAGGAAAGAGCUCGCCGACGACAUCGAGUCACUCAAGAAAAAGAUUGCUGGGACAGAGUAA